AUGCUCUCAAAGAGUGUCGGCGUCUACAGCGUGGUUAGCCUCUGCCCGCCAACCGCCGCUGCCGCUCCCACAGGCACCACCGCCGUUACUGCAACUUCCACCUGCAAUUUCCCUCUCGUUCUCACCACCAAAUUCAAGCCCAUCACCAUCACGGAUCCCACAACAUCAACGUCCUCAUACCUAUCACCGAGGGCGCUUGAAAAGCAACCUGCCAGAGAUGCUUAUGCUGUGAACUCUUCAGUAAACAUCCCUCCCACCUCAUUCGAUUACUCCUCCUUCUUCUCCACCGCCAAUCGUCCUUCUGCCACUCCCUACGACCCACCCGAUUUGACGCUGGCGCAGCCUCAACCGCCAGUCCAGAGGAGAUCUUUCCUCGAAGCUCUGCUGGUUCGCCAAAAGAAGGUCAUUCCUCCCGACAAUCGUUCAACCGCGUCCAAGGUCCUUUUCCCAAUCAAUUACAUCCCUCGCCCAACUCCGGUUCCAGUCCAACAUCCCUCUCAUCAUAAACGACAGAAUUCGUCCCUUGACACCGGCACCGGCGAAGUUAACACUCUCCUCACCCUCCCAGAGCAGCGCCGCUCCCGCCAGCAUUCUCCCACAGACCCCAUAGUCGAGCAUAGCCCCCGUUUAGGUCCUCCUGCAGGUGAUCGAACCAGUGUCCCUCUUCCCUCAAAUCAGCAACGCGCGAAUCUCCAAGACGAUACACCCUUGGGCGCCGGUCUGAUGAUUGAGUCCGAAAAGCCAGAGGUCAACGGUGUUCGAGAACCCGACCGAACACAUCUAUCUACCUCAAGAUAUAAUCCACGAGAUCGCGACCUAGAAGCCCAGCAGGCCUCAGUCCUAGGUCAAAGCUAUGGUGUCAAUCCACUAGAUGAGGCUCUACAUCCUCCUCGUCGCAUCACAUCGCAUCGAUCUCUGAGCCAUGCUCAGUCAGCGGCUUCACUGCAUUCUUCCGCCUAUGCUGGAGGAAACCUGAAUGGCCACCUAGGUGGCAGCGGAUCUCAAGAGGACGAUACACGACCAUACACUGAAGAUAAUGAGGGCAGCGUCGCUGAAGAGCUUGCAUGGGGUCCAUCUCACCCCUGCUUUCCACACCUGAAUCCCCAUGUUCCCCUCGACUCGCGCGAAUAUACCGCAACACGAAUAAUCCGAAUCCGAAGAGAUUGGAUGGUUGUUGGUGACCUAGCUCCUACUUUCUCAAACAUUUACCCCGAAAUCCUCGACCCAUUAAUGCAGGAACAAGAGUUUCGAUAUGUGAUUGAGCAUAUCAAUCAGACCUUGUGUGUUGCCUACGAUCCAUUUUCGGCGUGGAAUUGGUUCGAUGGCUUUCUUGGACUAAUGACGGGUUGGUUUUGGGAAGAUCUCAGACCAGUUGGUGUCAAGAGCCAACUGAAAGCGUUGGAAGAGUGGCUAAUCGAUUGGAAUCACACGGUUGGAGCAAGAGAUGGAGUCAAAAUAAUACCCUUACGCAGAACAGGUUAUCUAAACCUCGACAUCCAAAUCCCUGACCCACAAGUCACGGUAGUAGCGGACCGCGACGGCGAGUCUCAGCACCCUCCUAAUACAGCUCCGACAGAAAGCACGAUACCGAGGACAGCAACUGAGAAGGACAAACUGCAGUGA